UAAUUUACUUUAUUAUUACUCUAAUUUUCUCCAUGCAGUGCCUACUACAGCAGUGACAAUAACUUCUUCAGCAGAGCUGUACAAAACCACAGUGUCAACCACUAGCACUACGUCACAGAAAGGUCCCAUAAGCACAACGUUGGCUGGAGGAACAAAGGAAGGAAGCAGAGGACCCAAGCCACCACCACCAGUUUCCACAACCAAAAUUCCUCCCGUGACAAGUUUUUUCCCUUUGCCAGAAAGAUUCUGUGAACCGACCGAGGCCAGGGAUAUUAGCUGGCCUCAGACACAAAGAGGAAUGAUGGUUGAACGCCCUUGCCCCAAAGGAACACGAGGAACUGCCUCGUAUCUCUGCGUGGUCUUAACGGGAACGUGGAACCCCAAAGGCCCUGAUCUUAGCAACUGCACCUCACACUGGGUAAAUCAGCUGGCUCAGAAGAUCAGAAGUGGAGAAAAUGCUGCUAGUCUGGCCAACGAACUGGCUAAACACACCAAAGGACCGGUCUUUGCUGGCGACGUGAGCUCAUCAGUGAGGUUGAUGGAGCAGCUUGUGGACAUUUUGGAUGCUCAGCUGCAGGAACUGCGGCCCAGUGAGAAAGACUCUGCUGGAAGGAGUUAUAACAAGCUCCAAAAACGAGAGAAGACAUGCAGGGCUUACCUUAAGGCAAUUGUGGAUACAGUGGACAACCUGCUCAGGCCUGAAGCUCUGGAGUCCUGGAAGGACAUGAAUUCUUCGGAACAAGCCCAUGCAGCCACAAUGCUACUCGAUACAUUAGAAGAAGGGGCUUUUGUCUUGGCUGAUAAUCUCUUAGAACCAACUAGAGUCUCAAUGCCCACGGAAAAUAUUGUUUUGGAUGUUGCAGUGCUCAUUACUGAGGGCCAGGUGCAGGACUUGAAAUUUCCCCAGGGCAGUAAAGGAGGCAACUCGAUUCAACUCUCCGCAAGCACCGUGAAACAGAACAGCAGGAACGGAUUAGCAAAACUGGUUUUCAUCAUUUACAAAAGUUUGGGGCGUUUCCUCAGUACUGAAAACGCAACCAUAAAGCUCGGCAGCGACUUUGCGGGGCGGAAUAGCACCAUCGCGGUCAACUCCCACGUCAUUGCAGCCUCUAUCAACAAGGAGUCCAGCCGGGUGUACCUGACGGAUCCUGUGCAUUUUACACUGGAACACAUUGAUCCUGACAAUUAUUUCAAUGCAAAUUGUUCCUUCUGGAACUACUCGGAGAGAACUAUGAUGGGAUACUGGUCAACUCAAGGCUGCAAACUGGUUGACACAAAUAAAACUCAUACGACGUGUGCCUGCAGUCACCUCACCAACUUUGCAAUUCUCAUGGCUCAUCGGGAAAUUGUGUACAAAGAUGGAGUGCACGAAUUGCUCCUCACUGUCAUCACCUGGGUGGGAAUUGUCAUCUCUCUUGUUUGCCUGGCCAUCUGCAUCUUCACAUUCUGUUUUUUCCGUGGCCUGCAAAGUGAUCGUAACACUAUUCACAAGAACCUUUGUAUCAACUUAUUCAUUGCUGAGUUCAUUUUCCUAAUAGGCAUCGAUAAGACAGAGUACAAGAUUGCAUGUCCAAUAUUCGCAGGUCUCUUACACUUUUUCUUCCUGGCAGCCUUUGCCUGGAUGUGUCUAGAAGGAGUGCAGCUUUAUCUAAUGUUAGUAGAAGUAUUUGAAAGUGAAUAUUCUAGGAAGAAGUACUAUUACGUUGCUGGCUACCUCUUCCCUGCUACAGUAGUUGGUGUCUCAGCAGCUAUCGACUAUAAGAGCUACGGAACAGAGAAAGCUUGCUGGCUCCAUGUAGAUAACUAUUUUAUCUGGAGUUUCAUUGGACCUGUUACCUUUAUUAUUCUGCUGAAUCUUAUCUUCCUGGUGAUCACAUUGUGCAAAAUGGUGAAGCACUCAAACACUUUGAAACCAGACUCUAGCAGGUUGGAAAACAUUAAAUCUUGGGUCCUGGGUGCGUUUGCUCUCCUGUGUCUCCUUGGCCUAACGUGGUCAUUUGGCCUGCUGUUUAUCAAUGAGGGGACCGUUGUGAUGACGUAUCUCUUCACAGUAUUUAAUGCUUUCCAAGGAAUGUUUAUUUUCAUCUUUCACUGUGCCCUUCAAAAGAAAGUACGUAAGGAGUAUGGCAAAUGCUUCCGACAUUCCUACUGCUGUGGCGGACUACCAACUGAGAGUCCCCACAGUUCAGUGAAGGCAUCAACAACAAGAACUAGUGCUCGCUAUUCCUCUGGCACUCAGAGUCGUAUAAGAAGGAUGUGGAAUGAUACUGUGAGAAAACAAUCUGAAUCGUCUUUUAUCUCAGGUGACAUCAACAGCACUUCAACACUUAAUCAAGGAAUGACUGGCAAUUACCUACUAACAAACCCUCUUCUUCGACCACACGGCACUAACAACCCCUAUAACACAUUGCUCGCUGAAACAGUUGUAUGUAAUGCCCCUUCAGCUCCUGUGUUUAACUCACCAGGACAUUCACUGAACAAUGCCAGGGAUACAAGUGCCAUGGAUACUCUACCGCUAAAUGGUAAUUUCAACAACAGCUACUCGUUGCGCAAUGGAGACUAUAACGACAGUGUGCAAGUUGUAGACUGUGGACUAAGCCUGAAUGAUACCGCUUUUGAGAAAAUGAUCAUUUCAGAAUUAGUGCACAACAACCUGCGGGGCAGCAGCAAGAACCACAACCUGGAGCGCACGCUCCCGGCCAAAGCUGUGAUCGGCGGGAGCAGUAGCGAAGAUGACGCCAUCGUGGCAGAUGCCUCAUCUUUGAUGCACAGCGACACCCCGGGGCUGGAGCUCCACCACAAAGAGCUCGAGGCCCCGCUCAUUCCUCAGCGGACUCACUCCCUUCUGUACCAGCCCCAGAAGAAAGUGAAGACCGAGGGAACCGACAGCUACGUCUCGCAGCUGACGGCCGAGGCUGACGACCACCUCCAGUCCCCCAACAGAGACUCUCUUUACACGAGCAUGCCCAAUCUCAGAGACUCUCCGUACCCAGAGAGCAGCCCCGACGUUGAGGAAGACCUCUCUCCCUCCAGGAGGAGCGAAAAUGAGGACAUUUACUACAAGAGCAUGCCAAACCUAGGAGCUGGCCAUCAGCUUCAGAUGUACUAUCAAAUCAGCAGGGGUAAUAGCGACGGCUAUAUAAUUCCCAUUAACAAGGAAGGAUGUAUUCCAGAAGGAGAUGUUAGAGAAGGACAAAUGCAACUAGUGACAAGCCUUUAAUAGUGUAGCAAAGAAAUAUUAAAGGCCACAUACAAGUAUUAAAGAGACUUAAUUGGCCCCUCAUACCUGCUUGAAGAGACGAUUCUGUUGACCCUGUGGUUCUCCAGUAACGGGGAUGACUGGACCUCGCAGUUCUGUGAAUUUUUAUAAAACAAAAACUUUGUAUAUACACAGAGUAUACUAAAAUGAAUUAUUUGUUACAAAGAAAAGAAAUACCAACAAGGUAUUUUUAAGAUAUCUUCUGCUGCUGAAUUUAACAAAAUUGUGAAAAAAAAAAAGAGAAAUAAAAACUUUCCAGCCAUUUUACUGCAGCAGUUUGUGAACUAAAUUUGUAAAUAUGGCUGCACCAUUUUUUUUUCUAGGCCUACAUUGUAUUAUAUACAAGGCGUAGGCUCGAAAAUCCUGUGGGACAAAUUUACUGUACCUUACUAUUCCUGACAAGACUUGCAAAAGCAGGAGAGAUAUUCUGCAUCAGUUUGCAGUUCACUGCAAAUCUUUUCCAUUAGGGCAAAGAAUAAAUACAUGUCUAACCACUAGCAAUCAAGCCACAGGCCUUAUUUCAUAUAUUUCCUCAACUGUACAAUGAACCGUUCUCAUGAAAAAAAUGGCUAAAGAAAUUAUAUUUUGUUCUAUUGCUAGGGUAAAAUAAAUACAUUUGUGUCCAACUGAAAUAUAAUUGUCAUUAAAAGUAAUUUUAAAGAGUUUGAAGAAAAUAUUGUGAAAAGCUCUUGGUUGCACAUAUGUUAUAAGCUGUUUUUCUUACACUCUGUCCAUAGUACAGUAGUAUGUUUAAAAGGCAAGUUCUACCCAUCUUCACUUAUUUUUCACUGUAAACAGUGUUCUGCUUUGACAAGUUAGUUUUCAAUUCUUACAUUUUGAAUUUUUACUGCCAAAACCAUAAUUUGGGGAGAAAAUUGUUUUAGAAGCCAAUUAUGCCAAGCCUUGCACAAAUUCGGUAUGGCUAACGAAGAUUGUAACUCAGUUCCCUGUUCAUUCUUUAAUCAGGGUUGGGCGGUAAGGGGUAAAGGGGACACUGGUCACUUCUCACAAGCUUUCUCGUGAAUAAAAGGUGCCUGUCCUUUAAAAAAUAUAAAUAAAACAUAACUAUUACUCUUCCAUAUUCCUUCUGCCUAUAUUUAGUAAUUAAUUUAUUUUAUGAAAAAAAUCUAAUGAAAUGUAAAUUGUGUCAACAAAAUUCUGCUUUUUUCAUCCCUUUGUGUAAACCUGUUAAUAAUGAGCCCAUCACUAAUAUCCAGUGUAAAGUUUAACACCUGUUUGACAGUAAAUAAAUGUGAAUUUUUUU